AUGCAUACACAUACGCAGGCUCAGUGGUUCAAUGCUGCGGGCAUAUCUUCAACACCUGUAAACGCCUCUAUCUGGAGUAAAGACCUUGAAGAGAGAAUCAAGAACUUCGAGUUCCGGGUCCUCUUAACAUCACCGGAAAUGCUCUUUAAUAAGACAUCCUUCUCAAAGAUUGCUCAUACGCCCUCCUUCAUGUCCCAUGUCGAUCUUAUUGUUGCAGAUGAAGCCCACUGCAUCACUCAAUGGUCCGGCAAGGCCUUUUGA